UUCCGGCCGAUCAGUAGCUCUCGGCUAACCACAACGCGCACACGUACACCCGUAAUCCGUCACAAGAAUAUUCGUUUACGCACACGACAUUUUACACGACGCGAUUUAAUUCGUACCACACGUGCGACCGUCGCGUUAUAUUAUUUAUUAUAUCAUUUAACAUUUAAUAGUGAUAUAUUCGAGUGUUGAACAACAUACCGUAUUACAGUGCGUAUUUAACGGAUCGCAAAAAGAUUUUCGCGGUAUAAUAAUCGUUAUUUGUCCACGAGUUUUCCGGCCGACCGUAACACGACAACAAAAUGGCGUCGGUGCUGAACCUGAACUACGGCGUGUACUUCGGCGGUGACCGGUACGACGUCGAUCAGUACGACCUGUCGGCCAGCGACACGCUUCGCGCCGUCUACGAGGCGGCUUUCUCCAGCGGCGGCGCGGGCGGCGUCGUCGGACCGUCCUCGUCGGUGGCGUCACCGGACCAGGGGCGAGUCGGCGAACCGGCGUCGAUGAUGGGCGUCGUGAGAGGCGGUUCGCCGGCGGGUUCCGCGUGCACGGUGGUCACCACUGCGUCCACGACGACGGCCUCGUCCUCUUCUUGCGCCGGCGACGAUCCCAAGUCGCCGUACGGAGGCUUCGGCGGCAGUGGCGGCGACGCGGCCCUCGACUUCGGCACCUACGACGACGGGCUGGGCGGUGAACUGGCGAGCGGCGACGACGGGUGCACGGACGUGGUGACGAAGAAACGCCGGUUGGCCGCCAACGCCCGGGAACGGCGGCGCAUGCAGAACCUGAACAAGGCGUUCGACCGGCUCCGCACCGUGUUGCCCACGCUCGGCAACGACCGACAGCUGUCCAAGUACGAGACCCUGCAGAUGGCCCAGACCUAUAUCACGGCCCUGUACGAUCUGCUCCAGUGAUCGGCUCCUGCUCAAGACUGCUCCUCGACUGCGGGUCCCGCAGGACGAAACAAUCCUCCGCGAGACGUAUAUACGGUGGUAUAGGUACCUAUAAUAGUAAUGAUAUAUUAUGGCGAAUUUGUCGCAAUGAUAUUACCUUACCUAUAUAUAUAUAUAUAUUAUAAUAGUAUAUCGGGCAUGACGUUAUUGGCGUCGUAAUUUAUUAUUAUAUUCUUUUAGACUCACGAUUCAUUUAGAAUAUUCGUUACAUCCCCUCUGGACGCAUUAUAUACAUAAAUGGUAUUACUAUAGUGGUCGUUUUUUUAUGUACACAGUAUACUGUUUAACCAUCUAGUCAGUGGCCGGUUUACGGGUGGUAAAUAUAAUAUUGUGUUGAACAACAGUUUUUAAUUAUUUUAUUUUUACAAAAUAGAUAAUACGUAAUUUUAUUAAUAUAAUAUAUACAUUCAAUAUGAUGCAUAAAUAAAAUGUCGAUGUUUUUUUUUUAAUAAAUAUGAUGUCUUUAAAAUACACAAUAUUAAGUGCCGUCACCGAAAAACGUGAAAAAUCAGCCACUGUCACGUGUCACGACACACGAGUAUAAUAUUAUAAAUUAUUAUAGUGAUAAUAUGUCAACGAUUUUUCGAUUAUUUCUACCUCAAUUAGAUCGCGAAUCGAGUACACAUAAUAUUAUAUAAUUAUUAUUAUUAUUAUUAUUUUAUUGUUAUAUAUUAUCACCCUAGUCUGAUGUUUAUUAUUAUAUUUUGUACAUCUAACAGUAGUGUGUAAGCGUUAUUUUUAUGACGAUAUUUGGUAUACGCAACGCGUUGUCCGGCUUGUAAAUAUAUAAUAUCACUAUCGCGAUCGUAAAAUAUGUCGGUACGCAUCCUCGUCUGUCGAAGAUCGUCCAAAGUAGAUUGAAAAAUCGCCAAUCUUUGUGUGCGCGUGUGCCCGACCAAAUUAUUAUACAAUACCUUUCCGUCCUCAGAUAUAUAAUAUUAUUAUUAUUAUUAUUAUUAGCCUAUUCGCCAAAAACUGUGAUAAUUAUUGUAUACUUAUACGUAUAUUGUAUUUGUAUAUUAGACGUUAAGUAUAAUAUUAUAUUUUGUAAUUUAUGUUUUAUUAUAUAUAUUUUUUUUAUUAUAUUAUUACUGUGUACAUAAAUAUUAUUAUAUAUAGAGAUUAUAAAGUGCUCAACAAUAAAGAAAAAAAAUUGUCUCUA